GCAUUGAUGCCUUAUAAUUAGAGCAAGCUGUGGUUCAUAUCAGAUCACAAUUAAGAGAGAUUUAGAGGGAGAGAUAAAGAUGCAUUCUGCAAAGGAGAAACUCAGCAACGUGGCAAGUGCUGCCAAGGAGCACGUAAACAUCUGUACAGCCAAAGUUGAAGAAAAGGCGGAGAAAGCGGCGGCGAGAACUGAGGAGGAGAAAAAGAUAGCAGUGGAGCGCAGAAAAGCCAAGGAGGCUGAAGCCAAAAUGGAGCUGCACCAGGCUAAAGCCAGGCACGUGGCCGAGAAUCAGCCCGUGGUUGGAGGUACACAUGGGCAGCAGCCCGUUGGAACUGCGGCUCCUAUGGCUGGAGCAACUGCUCCAACUUACCCGCUAGGAGGGCACCGUCCCGGGCACAAGUAUAUGUAGAUGGACCAUGUUCAUGAUUUCCAGUAGUUUUGGUGUGGGUUUUUCUUUUCUUUUCUUCUUCUUGAAGUGGUCGGUUAAUUUGCA